AUGGAGGAAGCCAAGGCCCUGCUUGCCAGCUGGCUCGAGGACUCAGGAGAAGAGGUGACUGCUACCUCUCUGAGCCUUGAGCUGCAAGUGCCUCUCCUCCUCGCCAAAAAGCUGCUGUAUAUAUACCUGCAGCAGGAGCUGCAGCAGGGGAAGUCUUUCUUCGUCUCAUUUGCCAGCACAGAUGGUGACGGAGUCACGCUGCACAGGGCUCUUCUGUCCAGCCCAACGCUGCCCCCCCUGGACUGUCUGUACAGCGCUCAACGCGCAGCAGCAGCAACAGCAGCAACAGCAGCAGCAGCAGCAGCAGGAAGACCUUGCUGCUGCGUAGAGGGAGAGGGAGAGCCGCAGCAAGAUCAUUUGUCUUUCCAGCUGGAGUGCCGCUCCUUUUCUGCUGCUUUUGCAGCAAAGCUGCAGCUGCAGCAGCAGCAGCAGCAGCACGGGGGGCACGAGCAGCAGCAGCAGCAGGAGGAGCAGCAGGAACUCUUCGUGCCUCCGUUUGCUUCUGUUCGGCUGCGGCAGCUGAAACGGCGGAGCAGCAGCAAGCGCGCAGCAGCAGCAGCAGCAGCAGCAACAGCAGCAGCAACAGUUGCCACUGUGGCUGCUACUGCUGCAGCAGCAGCUCGCAAGAGCCCCUCUUCGCUUCCGAACCAGCAGCAGAAGCAGCAGCAAAGGCCACAGCAGCAGCAGCAGCAGCAGCCUUCAAGGUCGGAAGCAGCACCAACUCGCGCCAGCAGCAGCACGAACCGCAGCAGUAGCAAAUCAGCUGCUGCUGCUGCUGCUGCUGCCAAGUCAAAGCAGCCCAGCAUAAGCGGGCUGCUGCAGCAGCGGCCACCAGCAAAAACAGCAGCAGCUGCUGCCACAGCAGCAGCUGCUGCCACAGCAGCAGCUGCUGCCACGGCAGCAGCUGCUGCGGCGUUGCGAAAGGCAGAUGCUCCAGCAGCAGCAGCAGCAGCACCAGUUGCUGCUGCGCCAGAAGCAUCAAAGCAAGAGGAAGCAGCAGCAGCAGCAGAAGAAAGCCGCAAAAGGAGGAUAUCUGAAAGUGCUUCCCCCGGCCCCACCAAGAAGCCCAAGCAGCAGCAGCUGCAGCAGCAGCUGCAGCAGCUGCAGCAGCAGCAGCAGCAGCAGCAAGAUGAUGACCCCCCAACGGACAUAUUUGCUGAUGAUGAGCAGCAAAACUGCUGCUUAAAUUCCUCUUCUCCUACAGAGGCUUCCGAGCCCAGCGAGCGCUGCGGUGUACGUACACCCGGCGAGCCCCAGGCAGCAGAUAGCAGCAGCAGCAGCAGCAGCAGCAGCAGCGACUCUUCGAAGCCCAUUGUUAUCAAGGAAAGAGUGAGUGAUACGCUGUGGGCCCUUCGGGAGCUCUAA